UUGCAUUCGAUCAUCAUACUACAAUUGUCACGCGAAUACAUUACUUAGCCGUCAAUUCUAUUGUAAAACCUUCAGAUACUUCACUGGCCUAGCACGCCAUCUGCUGCUAUACUUCCACCAUGCUACCCACGGCACCCACGCGACAAGCCCUCCGCCAUCUCCGCCGCAUUUGCUCGUCCGGCCAACUCGCCACGAGAACACACCCUCAACACUCUACAUCCCAAUCAAUACAACCUAUUCGCGGCGCAGCUGCUCGAAUACGAGUCUGUCAGCAGAGAUCAAUCUCUACAACUCGCCGUAGCCUCCAAGAAGCUCAUUCAUCUUCAUCCACGCGCUCAACUGGCGCCACUUCAAGCGCUGCCUCGAUCCCUGAUAUAACGAACUUCUACACACUCUUCCCAAAAACGCUAACCAGCGGCCCUCCUCCGUCUGGCUCAUUUCGCAUACCGCUAGGUCCACUGAAGCGUGAGUUUCUCCAACUCCAGUCGCAACAUCAUCCGGACAAAUACACGUCGCAGCCGACAGCGCAUCAAAAAUCCCUUGCGCUGUCAUCGCUGCUAAACACCGCAUACAAGACACUUUCGGAUCCUCUGCUUCGUGCACGGUAUCUUCUCCAACACAACUAUGACGUGGACAUCACGUCGGAGGACAAUAGCACGCACCGCGACUUGACGGACCAUGAGACCUUGAUGGAAGUCAUGGAGGCACAAGAAGCUAUUGAAGAGGCCCAGACACAGGAGCACAUAGAUGCAUUGAAAGAAGUCAACCACGCGAGAAUAGAACAGACAGUUAAGCUGCUAGGAGACGCCUUCGAGAAGGGUGAUGUCGAAGCUGCAAAGACCGAGUGUAUUCGACUGAACUACUGGAAUAGCUUACAACAAGGCUUGCACGAAUGGGAACCGGGGAAAGAAGUACGAUUGAUCCAUUGACGGGUUAAUGUUCUUCUAAGCAUGCGUACAGCACAAGAUACCCAUCUGCUAUAAUUUAGCUCAAAAGGAGAGCAUGUUUGACAGUCUGCACGCCACUGCCUUUU